AUGAGAAAUGCCGUCGUGUUACGCCGGUGAAACUAUAAUCGCGUUGUCCCUCUCGCGGUUCAAGCGAAGGCAUAUAAGGCGGGUUGUUGCGGGCUCUGCUUCAUCAGUCCCAAAUACACACGACGAGACCGCCAAGCGAGCAGGUUUAAGGUCGAGCGUAGCCAUGGGGUCUAUCGCGUUCCACAUCGCCGCGAUCCUUCUUCUUGCGAUCGGUCCCAGCCAAGCGAGAACUUCCGGCAGAGAUUUGUCCAAAGCGAGCGGCUCCCAGCUGGACGCCUUGGUCGCCGAGCCAUCUCCACCGGCGACCACAGCGAAAGAAGAGCCGCGGAAGGAAGACGCCGUCGAAGAGCCUGGAAAAGAGAACGUCGGAGGAGAAGACCAGCUGCCUAUCUUGCCGCCCAUAAUCCUUCUGGACUUCGGCAACAACACGGACGAGGAGAACGCGACGUCGGAGGAGAAGUCCAAGCGAACCGUGAACGGCGGUCUCGGCUACGGCCUCGACAAGAACAGCCUGCAGCCGAGGCGGUACAACUACUACUUCCCGGCCGGGAAAUCGGGCACCACGGUGAGCAUCGAGGAGUCGAUCAGCCCGUUCCUGCCGAAAACCAUCGUCGAGAAGGUGCAGCCAGCCGGCCAGAAAGGGUACUACCUCGGUAGCCAGCAGAACAGCUUCGCGGCACAGCAGCCGGCCAGCCAGCAAACUCAGAAACAAUCUUCCCAGAGUCUUCAAUUUUUGAACACGUUGCAGACGAUGGGACAGUUCGGUCUGCGGACGAAGCCGCACGCUUCAGCGGCGGGUCUCGGCUCGUACCAAAAGCCGCAGUCGACACCGAAGCCGGCGCUGGCCGGUUCGCUCGGCGUCCAGAAUACGGGACACAGAAGCAACGAGAUCCCGUCCACCACGCAAUCCCCUUUGGCCUUCAGUCCCACAGAGACGGUCAGAUAUGUGACGCCGAGCCCGGCGAGCUUCGCGAGUCCGCAGGCCGGCUCGUUCCACUACGCGCGACAGGGCGCCCUCGCGGCGAGCUACGCUCAAAGGCAGCAGUCCAAUAUCAAUUCCCAGGGCUUCGGCUCGGCCCCACAAAGCGUCGAGAGCUCGACAAUCUCGCCGGUCAGCUAUAAUCCCCGUUACCAGGGCUCCGGGCAGCAGGCGCAACCGCCCGGUCCCAGGUACUCGCUCGAGAACGGCGUCCGCUACGAGAACAAGGUGUUCUGGAAGUACCCGGACGGCCGGGUGUCGGACGUCCCCCCGGCCACUUACGUGGAGACUUACUCGCGGUACCCGGAACCAGACGGGCAGCCGGCCAGGUCCCAGGCUGCUCAUUCGGUCUACGAGGUCAGCUCCACGGAGAACAGCGUCUAUUCCCAGGGGCCGGUGCAGUUCCCCGCGGUUUCCGAGCAGGCCGAGCAGGAGCCGAACCAGUUCGUCUCCUCGGAAUCGUUGACAGGGAACUCGCCGCAGCAACAAGUGUUCCGUCACGGUUACCAGGCUUUAGCGGGCCAGAGGCAGAACCAGCCGCAGCAGCGGAAACCCGCCGUGGCGACCUCCUACUCGUUCGCCACUUCCGGCAGGCUGCAGUCGCAAGGCCACAAGGUCACCCAAGGCUCGCUCUACCAGCCGGUCACCUCCAGGUACAUGGUGAACGGCCCCGACCCGGAGUACACCGCCGACUAUACCACCGAGUCCGCCGCGAACAUCACCACGCCGAACUUCUUCGCCUCGCUCGGGGAGCAAUCUUCUCGGCUGAAGUACACGCACAAGGUUCAAAAUUACCUGGACUCGGCGCUGAGCGAAUCAGAGGGGUCCAAGAGGCAGAGCCUGCCCAACAACGAUUUAAACAGCUACUCGAAUCUGCAGUACUCCGACCUGCUGAACUACAACCCCUCCAUCUCCGAGUACAUCAGGAACCCGUCGUCCAUCUUGAACGUCAGGCCGACGUUCGUCCAAGCGGGCAACUCGCUGAUCCCGGUGAUCAUACUGCGAGUGGACGGCGUCUCGCCUAUCCAGGCGAAAGCGGGACAGAACAUCAAUCUGAAGGCUCUGUUGCAGCAGUAUCUGAUCCAGUACGCGAACAGCAUCCAGGAUUUGGCUCGGCCUUCUACGUACAACCUUGGGACCGAGUCGAUUGCGAACGGCCAGAGCCAAGCUGCCGGCAAAAGCCCGAUUCUGGAUCUGAUCAGACUGACCCAGGAAGACGCACGGAACGCUCCGCCGGUUUACGAUCCCAACGAUUAUGUCGGCAGGUCCAGCUACGAGACCAGCAAUCUCGAGUUCGCGAAAUCGUACGCGGACGGCCGAUACGGCGACCGCGCGCCGCUACGGCAGAAGACGAAGAGCGUCCAGAUCGUCGACGACCCGAGGUUCACCAGUUAUAAGACGAAGAACUGAUGGUGUACUAUCGUUGCUCGGAACGCGAUCGGUACGACGAGGAUGUUAUUACUGUUUGGAGAUUCACGAUUCAAAACGACGACGAUUCUGGAAGCGGCGCGUCGAUUCUCGUUGCGGGAGAUCACGUGUGCCAUCGAUGCUCGAUUCAAUGUCACGGUCGUUUGUUAGUAUGUUAUGUACAGUGGGUGUAGAAAGUAUUCAGCUUUUGAAACGUAAUAACUUUAUUGUAAUUGGGCCAGGAGGCCUAAAUUUGUUUGGCGAUGUUAGAGUGAUUAGUUUGCUAGACAAGGGCUGAGAAAUUAUUUUCAAGGUUAAAUGAUCGUUCUUCAACCUUUUUAUUCGAGGCUAUAACGAAACUUAUAUGCAUACAGAAGAUUUCAUCGAAAUCGAUCGACGCAUAGUCAAGCUGCAACCACUGAAAGAUGUAAAAAUUAUUUGCUUUUGAA